AUGGUAAUGUGUCUUGCAGUCACUGAAGAACUUCUUAGACAACGUGCAGAGCAUAACAACCGUGAACUUUUUUCACUGGAAGAAAUCUCCUUGCACCAGCAGGAAAUAGAAAAACUAGAAUACAUUGACAAAUUGUGUCGAGAUUUAAAAAUCCUCUAUCUUCAAAAUAACCUAAUUCCAAAAAUAGAAAAUGUAAGCAAACUAAAGAAGCUUGAAUAUUUAAAUUUAGCUUUGAACAACAUUGAAAGAAUUGAAAAUUUGGAAGGAUGUGAAGAACUGCAGAAACUUGACCUGACAGCAAAUUUCGUUGGAGAACUGUCCAGUAUUGAAAUCCUAAAACACAACAUACAUCUUAAAGAACUCUUUCUGGUGGGGAAUCCAUGCACUGAGUUUGAGGGUUACAGACAGUUUGUGGUGGCAACUCUUCAUCAAUUAAAAUGGUUGGAUAGUAAAGAAAUAGAACGUUCCGAGAGGAUUCAGGCAUUGCAGAACUAUCGACAGGUAGAGAAGCAAAUUAGAGACCAGGAACAGGUUUACCUUCUCAAAAGGGCCAGAGAAAAAGAAGAGGCCCUAAAAAAAAUACAAGAAAAGCAGGAGAAGAAAAAAGAAAAACAAAUAAAACCUAAACCUGGAUUUGACGGACGUUGGUACACAGACAUCAACAACAUCAACCCAGAUCCUCUAAAAGACAAAGAAAACCACCAGCAGAAAGAAACAGAAAAGGAAUACCAAGAAUGGAAAAUAGAUACAGAUGAUGAAGAGGACAGAGCUUUUUGGGAGGAGCCCACACCUUAUACUCCAGAGUCUAGAUUAGAAGCUCACAGACAUCUUGAAGAAAAACGGAGAGUUAAAGAAAAUAUUAGAGGGCAAAAAGUGAAAGAGAAGCCACCUAGGACUUUGAUCACUGCAGAAGGAAAAGUUCUGAAUAUGAAUGAGCCAAAGCUUCAUUUCUUUUUGAAAGAUGAUGAAGAAAACAACCAGUUCAUCCUGGAUCUUGCUGUUUAUAGACAUCUGGACAGCUCUCUAAUUGAUGUUGAUGUCCAGCCAACUUACCUCCGCGUAAUGGUGAAGGAUAAGCCAUUUCAACUUGUGCUUCCUGCAGAGGUGAAGCCAGAUAGCAGCUCUGCUAAAAGAUCUCAGACAACUGGACAUUUAGUUAUCAGCAUGCCAAAGGUUCAAGAAAUAAUUAUGGCUAACCGAAAAACACCCACUUUGGUCAAACCUUCUGACAGCAACAAACUGCAGACAAAUAUAAAAAGGGAGCAAGUUGAGAAACUAGAAGUGGAUCCCAGCAAAUAUUCAUUCCCUGAUGUGGCAAACAUAAUCCAAGAAAAGGAGCGAAUUGGGCAAGGACCUAUUAAUCUGCAGCAACAAAAGGUUAUAGACACUGAGAAUAGUUGUGUUGACUUUGAAGAUAACCAAGAUGUUCCACCCUUAAUAUGAAAUGUUACUGUAGGGUUCCAUUGUUUGUUACCCAUGUGACCCACAGAUUACGUGAACAGUUUUCUUGACUCAAAUUUUGCAGCAGCAUCUUCUGACGUUACAAAAUAUUAUUUCAGCUCUUACUGUAAACUGACUUUUGUUAUACUUGUGCUUUAUCUUGCUGCUGCCUUUUGUUAUAUUAGGAACAAUAUGCCUUUAAUAAACUGUUUUCCAAUUA